AUGAUCUGUGUAGCCCCAGCAGUGCCACCUGUCAGUGUCCAUCAGUUGCACAUCAAUGCCACAUAUCAGUGCCCAUCUGAACUGCCUUUCAGUGUCACCCAUCAGAGCCAGUCAGUGCCACCUAUCAAUGCCAGUCAGUGCCACCUAUCAGUGCUGCCAAUCAGUGCCACCUAUCAGUAUGCAUCAGUGCCGCCUAUUAGUGCCAUAUAUGAGUGCUGCCUUUCAGUGCCCAUCAGUGAUGCCUGUCAAUCCCCAUCAGUGCCAACUACCAGUGCCUCC